GUAGAGGCGAGGGCUUCCCAUGAUACCCCGCGGGGCGCCCAUUCAAACUACAUGGAGAAGAGGGAGGAGGUCGUGAUGGCGGCUCCGGAGCCGGAAGUGCUGUGCCCGGCCGCAGAACCUGAUUUGGAAUGGUAUGAGAAGUCAGAGGAAACCCACGCCCCCCAGAUAGAACUACUUGAGACUACCUCUACUCAAGAACCCCCCAAGCCUUCGGAGCCCUUUUGCCCCAGAGACUGCCUGGUACCAGUGGUGUUUCCCGGGCCUGUAAGCCAGGAAGGCUGCUGUCGGUUUACUUGUGAACUUCUAAAGCAUAUCAUGUACCAGCGCCAACAACUGCCUCUGCCCUAUGAACAGCUUAAGCACUUCUACCGAAAACCUUCUCCCCAGGCCGAGGAUGCGACGAAGAAGAAAGCUCGGGCCACCGCUGAGGUGAGCAGCAGGAAAUGCCAACAAGCCCUGGCAGAGCUGGAGAGUGUCCUAAGCCACCUAGAGGGUCUCUUUGCCCGGACAUUAGUACCCCGCGUGCUUAUCCUCCUUGGUGGCAGUGCCUUAAGUCCCAAGGAGUUCUACGAGCUUGACUUGUCCCGCUUGGCCCCCAACAGCAUGGAGCAGAGCCCGAGCACAGCAGCUUGCUUGCGCCGUCUCUUCCGAGCCAUUUUCAUGGCUGAUGCCUUCAGUGAGCUGCAGGCUCCUCCGCUCAUGGGCACCAUUGUCAUGGCACAGGGGCACCGGGACUGUGGAGAAGAUUGGUUUCGACCCAAGCUCAACUACCGAGUGCCCACCCGGGGCCACAAACUGACCGUGGUCCUGUCCUGUGGCAGACCCUCUGUCCCAGCCGCAGCCUGGGAGGAUUACAUUUGGUUCCAGGCACCGGUGACACUUAAAGGCUUCCACGAGUGAAUGGGGGUGCUUCUUCCUCGUGAACACAAUGGCUUCAAUGAUCUUUCCCCCUGUGUCACCAAGUCACCCAUCUCUUGCUUGGAGCUGGAGUUGCUUCCUGGUGAGAGGAAUGUUCUGUCCUUCCAGCAGCCUGCCUCCCCUCCUCAGACUUCCUGGUGGGCUGACUGUAUGGCUGUGGCUGUCAUAAUUAUCACUGAAAAAAAUCUCUUUGAAUCAAAGGUUGAUUUUCCCAGAGGGUGCUGGGUCAGGCAUUUCUGUUCGGGUUGGAAAGCAAAUAUGGGCCCAUAGACGGACAGUCUUAUGGAAGCGGCCCUUUUAUGCUUUUUGCUAUGGUCUUUCAGAAUUUUUACUAGGGACAUAAUGAACUUAAAUAUAAAAAUUAAUGGAUUU